AUGAAGAGAGUCUUUAAUAUUUUGUUCCUUCUUACCUUCACUCACAGAGCCAAUGCGUUAUCUUUAGAUUUGAACAAUUACCAAUCACUAGAAAAUGAUACUGCAUUAGUAGCCUACGGUCUUAUGGAUUAUUAUAAUGGGGAUCAAUAUGGUCAAACAGUAGGAAUGUUUUCAAAUCCAUAUUAUUGGUGGGAAGCAGGUGGUGCAUGGGGUACCAUGUUAGAUUAUUGGUUUUUCAUGGAAAAUGAUACAUAUAAUGAUUUAAUAAUGUCUGCAUUAUUACAUCAAACUGGUGAAAAUAAUGAUUAUAUCCCAUUGAAUCAAUCCACUACUGAGGGGAAUGACGAUCAAGCAUUUUGGGGUAUUGCUGCAAUGACGGCUGCUGAAAGGAAUUUUACAAAUCCUCCUGAGAGUAGCCCUCAGUGGUUAUAUUUGGCUCAAGCCGUCUUUAAUACUAUGGCAUUAAGAUGGGAUGCACAAAAUUGUGGCGGUGGCUUAAGAUGGCAAAUCUUCGUUUGGAAUUCAGGCUAUGAUUACAAGAAUUCUGUUUCAAAUGGUGCAUUGUUCCAUCUGGCAGCUAGGUUAGCAAGAUAUACUGGUAACCAAAGUUAUGUGGACUGGGCUGAGAAAACCUAUGAUUGGAUGUCCGAUGUUGGCCUAAUAUCUAAUGGAACCCAAAAGUACGUUUAUGACGGAACAAGUAUAGAAACAAACUGUACUACAAUAACUUCGUAUCAAUGGUCUUAUAACCAAGGACUUAUGUUAGCAGGAGCUGCCUAUUUAUAUAAUUUUACUGGUUCGACAAUUUGGUUAAAUAGAACAAUGGAUUUAUUAGAUGCAACAAGCGUUUUCUUUAAUAAUAGCAUCAUGUACGAAGUUGCAUGUCAACCCACUGGAACAUGUAAUAACGAUCAAAGAUCUUUCAAAUCAUACCUGGCGAGGUUUCUUGGACUAACCGCCCAGUUGGUAACGAUAACGCAAUCAAGAAUUAUGAAUUGGUUGAAUACAUCAGCUAUUGCAGUUGCUCAUUCGUGUUCGGGAGGAACGGAUGGUCAUACAUGCGGACUCAAUUGGUUCGAUAAUGGUUGGGAUGGAUAUUAUGGUCUCGGCGAACAGAUGUCUGCAUUAGAUGUUCUUGUAAAUACUAGGGUAUUAGAUAGACCAGCUCCUUAUAAUUCAACGAAUGGAGGUUCUUCUAUUGGUGACGGUGCAGCAGGUACCGAAGCUACCCCGACAAAUCUAGCUCCAUUGCAUAUAACGAAAGGGUCUAAGGUUGGAGCUGCAUUUAUAACGGCGGCCAUUGGAUUAUCAAUAGUAUUUACUUCCAUCUGGAUUAUUCUAUGA